UUGUCAUGGCUCAACGCGGCUCUCUACGUGAGUCGGUCGGCGUCCUGAGCAUCGCCGCCGGUUCGCUCCUGCUUUUGGUGAACAGCUAUGCCAGCUCUUCUGAGAAAAACUUCAUCCCUUACACUGCUCUGGGGAUACUACUCCUCAUCAUUGCUGCUAUUGUAGCUUAUGCAGGUGUCUGCCGCAGUCUGUCCCACGCCCAGCUGUUUUCUGCUCUGUGUCUGACUGUCUCUGCUCUGUGGUGUGGUUCAGGUCUGGUGUACAUUCUGGUAGGACAGAUGGUGCUUCAUCCCACAGACCUGAAAUCCUCUCUAGUCCCUGGUCUGGCAGCAUUUACCUUGGCCUUGUUCAUCAUAGGCAGUGUUGCUGUCUUUGUGAGGAAAGUAGUUCUGUUUCUUAUAUCUGUUGGCAUUUCUUUAGCCUGUGCUCAUCAAAUUGCUGGCCUCUCAGCUGCAGGGUUUGGCCAGUCUGCCACAGCUGCUAAUUAUUUCCUUGUCUGUUUAGUGUGUGUUUAUUUUGGUUUUGGACAACUGCUGUCCUUGAUCACUCAAGGCAAAGUGGGACUUCCAAACUCAGGACUGAAGGAAAAAUCUGAGCAGAACCAGCGCUGCAGUGAUGCAGUAACUGCAGGUUUGGUGAUGAACUUGUUGUCUGCUUCUGUAUUAGCCUGUCCCCUGUUAGGUGUGGUCCCCCAGCUUUACGUCGGUCAUGUCCCUUGGCUGUGGACAGCUGGAGUCUUCCAGCUUGGCUUGUGUGUCCUCUUUUACCGAGCUAUGGACACUCUAGCUGCCACUUUCUUUGGUUUCACUGCCCUGCUGAAGUUUGCAGAGGGUUACAGUGCUCUGUUGUCUUUUUAUUCCAUUCAGCCUUUCUCUCCUGUCCCUUUCCCUGUUGUCUUUUCAGUUCUUUUUUUCAUCCUGGCUCUGUUCAGCUGUCAGAAGAGUUUGUUGGAGGGUUUCUACCAGUUAUUCUUUGUAGCCUACUGUAUUUCUAUAGCAGCCCAACCUCAAGGCUUCUUCCAAGGGGGCACUCAGGGUGUACAGGCAGCUAUAUUUGUAGCAUCUGCCAUCAUGCUUUUUAUUACUACAUUCAACAUGGUCUCCAGUAUCAUGAUUCCUACAGGAAAGGGAGUUUUCAAGAAUUUAGUAACCAAGAUGCAGAGUGUUGUUCUCAGAGCUCAUGAUAAGGAACAACAUGCACCUCACCUGGGCUACUCUAAAUAUGCAGAUGCAGAGGUGUUGGGUCAUGCCUGCAGUGUGCUGGCUGCUUUUGCCAUCACAGCCACAGUUGGUGCCAGAAAUCCUCUGUCUGUGCUGGUUCUGCCCUGGGUGGUGGUGGCUGGUGGGGCGCUGCAGCUGCUGUGUGGUUCAGUAGCAUUUGCUCGGGGUAAAACCUUUGAGAGCACAGUCUUUAUCCUCUACGGGGUGAUGUGGACAGUGUGGGGGCUGACGAGAUACGGUGGCCUCUACGGUGAAACCAGAGGCUUCAGUGUGGCUGUUGGGAUCAUUAGCUUCAUGCUGUUUAACUUUCUAGUGACAGUUGCAGCUUUGUUUGUAAACGUUACCUGGUUUGUCUAUGCGUUCACCUUUCAGCUCAUACUCAUCAGCUUUCUGCUGGAUGCAGUGGGUGCACUACCUUAUGGUUAUGACAUAGGAGUCACCAUCAUCUUUGGUCUCGUCAGUUUUUACUGUUUCUUGGCACACAUUUUCAACAGCACCUUCAAGUCUCCCCAGAUCCCCUUAGGAAGACCUCUUGUCAAGCUGGGUGGGGUAGGGGGAGGGGCCAAUAUAUGUCCACAUGUACCCGCCCGCAAGGCCACAUCAGUCCAGCAGAUUGCAGAAAUCAUGAAAAAUGGAGGCAUAUGUGGAAUGCCAACAGACACUGUCUAUGUGCUGGUAGCAGCCUGCAACAGACCAGAUGCUGUUGUCAAAGCAUACAAGGUGAAAAAACAAGCCGAGGACCGACCCAUGUCCAUGUGGAUCUCCUCCAUCAAACAGCUGGAGCCUGUAAGACACCUGCUGAGCCCCCUGCUCCUGGACUUCAUGGAGGCUGCAUGGCCGUCCUCCAUUAGUAUGGUCAUACCCCGAGGUCCCUGGAUGGACACGUUUGGUUUAGGAGAUGCAGCCAAACAUAUAGGAACUCCACAAAGCAUUGCGAUCAGAAAUCCAGACUGUGCAGUAGCAACACACCUCAUUAAUCUGGUGGGGCCCAUUGCUGUAACCUCAGCCAACCCCACAGGCGAAGCAGACACAACUCAUCAUAACCAAGUUUACGCCAAACUUGGAGACAAGGUGGAGGGAGUGUUAUGUGAUGGACCCUCCCCAGAAAACAUUGCAUCCACCGUGGUCGACUGCACCAAGAUCGAAACUGGACACAUUGGUUUCUUUAGAGUGGGUCUCAUUCCUAAAUCCAAGGUUUUUCAGAUUUUUGAGGAGGUUCAGAAUCGGCACAGACAAGGACAAAUAAAUCCUGCUUUUGAACUUGAUCUGCACACACCAGACACACAAACAGAGCUGAAUUCAGGAGGGGAUGAAACUGCAGAGACAGAAAGAGAAUCUCAGAACUCAUGAUCCACUGUCUCACCUGAACAAAGUUCAGUCCUCAAGAAUUAGCCAUAGUUUCUUCUUUCUCAGCACUGUGUUAAGAUGCCACCAACAGUAUCAUGAAUACCUCAAUGGAAUCUGAUAAACAGAUGUAUUUAUUAAUUGUGUUUGUCUAUUCAAGUUUCUGUAGAGAUGAAUUUAUAUUGUGUUAUUCACAAAAAACCUUUUAUGUUUGUCAUUCAUUAUGUGUGUGUGUAUAUAGCUAUAAAUAGAAAAAAAAUUAAAUGUAAUGUAUAUAUUAUAUUAAUUUAUGUUUGUAUUGAAUUUACUAUACGUCAAAUUUAUAUUAAGAUAAAUACCACAUAUGCACUUUGUGUGGUUACAGGUUAUUACAUAAUACACUACUUCCCUCCUACACUCCCUCUGAUACAAAAAAUAAAGAUUAAUUCA